CUUCCAUUUUAAUUACGAAAUUACAAAAAGGCCACCCAUUUCCACCUCAAAUCUUCUCUCGAUCUACAAUACUGAAAUCUAUUCUGCAAAGCGGAAAACAGAAAAUCAAAAUUAAUGGCGGCAUUUAUCAAGCUCGAGGAUUCGCCAAUGUUCCAGAAACAGGUGCGAUCUCUGGAACAGACGACUGAUGAACUACGAGAUCGAUGUCAGCAACUAUACAAAGGCUGUAAGAAGUUCGUGGAGGCGCUUGGAGAAUCAUAUAAUGGUGAUAUUGUCUUCGCGGAAUCAUUAGAAGCAUUUGGUGGUGGUCUAGAUGAUCCUAUCAGCGUGUCCAUAGGAGGCCCAAUCAUAACGAAAUUCAAUAAUGCACUGCGUGAGCUAGCUACAUACAAGGAAUUUCUUCGAUCUCAAGUUGAGCAUGUGCUGGUAGACCAAUUAACCCAAAUUAUGUCCGUCGAUUUGCAAGAUGCAAAGGAGUGCCGUCGCCGAUUUGACAAGGCUACAUAUGCAUAUGAUCAGGCACGUGAAAGGUUUGCCUCUUUGAAGAAGAGUACACGUGAAGAAGUUGUUACUGAAGUAGAAGAAGAUCUACAUAAUUCGAAGUCAGCAUUUGAGAGAAGCCGCUUUAAUCUAGUAAAUGCUCUCAUGAAUAUUGAAGCUAAAAAGAAGUAUGAGUUCUUGGAAUCUUUUAGUGCCAUCAUGGAUUCUCAUCUGAGAUAUUUUAAGUUGGGAUAUGAUCUUCUGAGCCAGAUGGAGCCUUUUAUUCAUGAGGUGUUAACCUAUGCACAACAAUCAAAGGAACAGUCAAAUAUUGAACAAGAUAGACUUGCAAAGAGGAUCCAGGAGUUCAGGACAAGAGCAGAGCUGGCGAAUUUGCGAGCAUCUAGCAACAAGACAACUUCAACAGGUUCUAUAGGCAUGAAUGGAUUAGACUUGAGUAAUUACAAAAGCAUAGAGGGAACUGGGCAGUCCACUGCUAAAGGUGAGGUGCAGACAAUAAAGCAGGGGUAUCUUUUGAAAAGAUCUUCUAGCCUGAGGGCAGAUUGGAAGAGGCGAUUCUUUGUACUUGAUAGUCAUGGGACUUUAUAUUAUUAUAGACAAAAAGGUGACAAACGUGGGGUAUUAAGACUAAUCCAAUGCUUGUCCCACCAACUACAGGUGAGAUCUGUCACCUUAGAUGUCAAAGUUUGGGAGCCUACUGUCUUGGGAUUAUUUCAGACUCUCGGUAAUGAAUAUUGUAAUUCUAUUUGGGAGGAGCUUCUUUUUCUUCAGAAAGAUGGAAAGAUUGAAAUUGAUGCCUUGCCAUCGUCAGUUACAAAACCAAACCCAAAAGAUGCUACACAACAAAAGGAGACGUACAUUCAAGCAAAGUAUGCUGGGAAAUUGCUAGUAAAUAAAGUAGCAAACUCACCUGGGGAUCGUUCUCACUCCUCCACUAUCUGGGAAGCAGUUCGGGCCAACAACCUGCGGGAAGUAUAUCGCAUUAUUGUAGCAUCAGAUAUGAAUAUUGUAAACAUAACUUAUGAUGAAUUGGUUGGUUCCAAUCGGUAUGAUGGACCAGAGUUGCAAAAAUGCCCUCAUGAUUCUAAAAAGAAACAAUUCGAUCCUGCAUCCUGUGAGAUGAUCAAGUCUUCCAGUGAUCCAGGAAACUGCCUUCAAGGCUGUUCGCUAUUGCAUCUUGCAUGCCACGGUGGCAAUCCUGUGAUGCUUGAGCUGUUGCUGCAGUUUGGUGCUGACAUAAAUAGGUGUGACUUUCAUGGAAGGACACCUCUGCAACAUUGCAUAUCUAAAGGAAACAAUCAAUUGGCAAAGUUUUUGCUUAGAAGAGGUGCGAGUGCCUCAAUCAAGGACGGUGGUGGCCUCACGGCUUUGGAAAGGGCCAUGGAGUUGGGAGCAAUAACUGAUGAGGAGCUUUUCAUCUUGCUUAUGAAGAAUGAAUGAAAGGCUUAUACUGCUCAAAUACGAUCUUCACUAUCGAACUAUCUUAAUUUCCUUGUAUUAAUGUCUGGUUUCCCAGCAUUUAUGUAUGGCAGCAGCAAAAUGGAUGGUUUCUCUUCUAUUUCAUAGAAUACGUUCGACUUUUUGAAGAAGUUGUUCGUGAUCUUGUAGUGGCUGUUGUUUGUAUCCUGAACUGAAAUAACUGGAGAGUAAAUGAGGAAGAUUUAACUAAAUAUUUUGUAGAAUCCACAA